AUGUCUGAAGAUGUUACUCCAAUUUCCUUUGAAAUGAUGAAAGGCAUUAUGAAGUCUUUGCUGAAGAAUUUGAGCAUUAGCAGAAGCAAUUGCCCAACUGGUGCUCGGAUAUCAGUGCUUUCGUACAAUACCACUAUAAAGUACCUUAUCCGGUUCUCUGACUUUCAGAGAAAAGAUCUCCUUAUGGAGGCAGUAGAGGGAAUUCCUUUGGAGAGGUCUUCAGGCCAGCGGAAUAUUGGAAGAGCCAUGCGCUUUGUUGCCAGGAAUGCUUUUAAACAUCAUCGCCAAGGGGCUCUUAUCAGAAAAGUUGCUAUUUUCCUUACUGCUGGCUCAUCACAAGAUGCUGCUUCCAUCAAUACAGCUGUGCUGGAAUUCAGUGCUUUAGAUAUUAUCCCAACAGUCAUUGCUUUGAGAGAAGCAUCAAAUGUCAGAGAAGCAUUUUUGAGCUGUGACCUAAUGAUAUCUGGAAAUGAGAGGAAAGCUGUGGUGAAGCCUGGAUCGGUCCCUCCAUGGGAGGCACCAGCAGCAGCCCAAACUGACUCUGGGAUGCAGACAGUGGUGACCCGAUCCAAGACAGAUGAUACUGGUCGAUUUAAAUUGUUUGUUUGGGAAUCCAAGGAUGAACAGAGAUUGAAUUAUGUUUCACUUUGUUCUCUCUGCUAUGAUGCAUGUAACCCCGUUUCACAAUGUGAAAUAGUGGAUCCCCCUCCAAUUAAUAUAAAUAUGGAUGUAGCUUACAUCAUGGAUGGGUCUCAGGAUGUCAGCAGUGAGGAGUUUGAAACAAUGAAGGAGUUUGUGAGCAAAAUGUUGGAUUAUUUUGCUAUUGCUUCACUACCUGUUGAGUCAAACAAAGGAGCAAGAGUGGCUCUGGUUCAACACGCUCCACCAAAUUUCUCAGGGACUGAAUUAUCAAGUUCAGUAUCUUUAGAGUUUAACUUGACUACAUACAAUACUAAGGAUCUGAUGAAAAUGCAUAUACAGGAAUCACUUCACCAGCUGGAAGGUUCAUCAGCUGUGGGUCAUGCUCUAGAAUGGACCAUUAAUAAUGUGUUUUUGGAAGCUGAUAGGCCAAGAAAGCACAAGAUCAUUUUUACAAUACUGGGAAGUAAGACAAGUGCCUGGGAUAGAGAGAAACUUCUGAAAAUGUCAUUGGAAGCCAAAUGCCGAGGAUUCACCAUGUUCACCUUGGCCCUUGGCAGUGAAACUGAUGAUUCAGAAAUGACAGAACUCUCCAGUGUUCCAGUGGAGCAGCACCUAUUACAGAUGGGCAAAGUUCAUAAGUUUGAAUUGCUAUAUGCUCUAAGGUUUAGCCAGGCCUUCUUAAAACUUUUGAAAAGGGAAUUGAAUAUUUAUCCUCCUAAAAACCUGGAAGAAAAAUGUGACAAUCUGAAUCGAGGAGACAACUAUCAGCAAGCUGUAGGGAUAACUGACAGGAUUCUAUUUCCUGGAUUGAAACAUAAUGAUUUGUUGCAACCUUCAGAAUUAUCCAGGAAAAACGUGCAAAACAAAAAUUUAAAGAUCACCCAAGGACCAAAAGAAGAACAGUAUGGUCAAAUAGAAAAUAAAUACUUCACCAGCAUCAGUAUGCAAAAUGGGACAGAGACUGAAGAACAUUUUGAGGAAGUACAAAGUGCAAAGAAUUCUUGUUCAAAAGAUAUGGACAGUGGCGAGUGUGAAAAUUAUACUCUGAAGUGGUACUUCCAUAAACAGCAAAACAUGUGCUUCCAGUUCUGGUAUGGUGGCUGUGGUGGAAAUAAAAAUAGAUUUGAAACUCAAGAAGAAUGUGAUGCUUUAUGUGUGGUAUCCUUAUAG